CUUCUCCUUCCUGCCUUCUUUCUCAUCAUCCCUAUCUACCACCCUUCUCCUUCCGGCUUUCUUUCUCCUCAAACCACAUCUACCACCACCAUCUUCUCGAACACCAUCAACAUGCGCUUCCGCCUCAGCAUCCUCGCAGUCCUCUCGACCGUCGCUGUCUCCACCCUGGUGGCAGCGUCCGGCUCCGGCAGCUUCACCAAGGGGGCUUCCGAACACUCCUCCGUCAAGAUCUUCGAGCUCCCCAACUUCUCGGCCCCGGGCAGCGACUCUCCCGCGCCGGUUGUUCGUCUCUCCCCCGGCUCCAACGCCACCUACAUCUACACGUUGCCGACCUCCUCGGAAGCAUGGGCCAUGCUCACCUGCGAGACGUCCUGGGCCUCUCCAACGUUCUCGGAGAUCGACGAGCUCAUCAAGCGCGCAGGGAUACCGCACAAGGGCUUGAUCAAGUGUCGUUACUUCCAGGACAACGGUGUUGGCUCCUACUGCAAAAAGGUGGUGCACUACAAGGGCGGCGAGAUCAGCAUGUGUGGGAAGUUUCUGCAAGGUCUUACUUGUGAGAGUGUUGUGUAUGCUGCUAUGCAGGUGAGGGAUAGGUGUGGACAUCAGGAAAAGAGUAGGGCUGGUGGUUACUAUCGCUUCAACAAGGUGAAGCUGAGGGUCGUGGUUCAUUAG